AUGAAUAAAGUUACUGCAUUUGGUACACAGGCAGAUAAGGCAAUAUCAGAAGACUAUGAUUAUGCAAAGUUCACUAAUAAGGAAGAAAUUAGCAGUGGUUCUUAUGGAAAUAUUUCUCGUGCAAACUGGAACGGUUCCGAUACCGUUAUGGUUCUAAAAUUUUCAUAUAAUUCAGAUAUUAAGAAAUCGUUAAUGAGAAACGGAUUCCAUUAA